AUGCAGACAUAUAUGCAAAACUGGACCCAGGUUACAGAGUUUGUCAUGGCAGGCUUUGCGGGGGUUCAUGAAGCCCGCCUCCUUUUCUUCACACUCUUUUUCAUCAUGUACCUGUUCACUUUGGCAGAGAACUUGGCCAUCAUCUUAGUGGUGGGCUUGGACCACUGCCUACGAAGACCCAUGUAUUUCUUCCUGACACACUUGUCCUGCCUUGAAAUCUGGUACACUUCAGUUACGGUGCCCAAGAUGCUGGCUGGUUUUAUUGGGGUAGAUAAGGGCAAGAAUAUAUCCUAUGCUGGCUGCCUGUCCCAGCUUUUCAUCUUCACCUUUCUAGGGGCAACAGAGUGUUUCUUACUGGCCACCAUGGCCUAUGACCGUUAUGUGGCCAUUUGUAUGCCUCUUCACUAUGGGUCCUUGGUGUCCUGGGACACCUGCAUCCGUCUGGCAGCUGCAUGUUGGCUGAUAGGGUUCCUCACACCCAUUUUGCCCAUCUACCUCAUGUCUCAGCUGACAUUUUGUGGCCCCAACAUUGACCACUUCUUCUGUGAUGCCUCACCUGUGCUAGCUUUAUCCUGCUCUGAUGUAACCCUGAAGGAGACUACAGAUUUCCUGGUGUCUCUGGCUGUGCUCUUGGCCUCCUCUACAAUCAUUGCUGUAUCCUAUGGAAACAUUCUCUGGACACUGAUGCAUAUUCGUUCAGCUGCUGAGCGUCGGAAGGCCUUCUCCACCUGUGCAGCUCAUCUCACUGUGGUGAGCCUGUUUUAUGGCACACUUUUCUUUAUGUAUGUCAGGACCAGGGUGGCCUCCUCCAUCAACUUCAACAAGGUGGUAUCUGUCUUCUACUCCAUUGUCACACCAAUGCUCAACCCUCUUAUCUAUAGUCUUCGGAACAAGGAGGUGAAAGGAGCCCUGUGCAGGGCCUUUUUCCCUAAGUCUUGGAAGGGGCAGUAA